AUGUCGUCAAUCGGCCAGAGCGGUGGGGCUGACCCGCGUCUUCUCGGCCGGGAAUCGUUAGACGAGCUGGAAGCAUUGGAACAGGAGCCAACGGAGAACAAGGUCGAUGAGGUCCAGCCGAAACCCACGAGGUUCCGCGGUUUCGUGGGCGCCGCCUGGCAGAGAGUGCAGGGGAUCUUCCGCCGCAGCCGCGGCAGCAACUGCGGCACGGCAGAGGACGAAGAAGAGCCUGAAUUGGAAGCAAUCGGGCAUUGCGAGCAUGCAGCCGAGAAUCCGGAGAGCAUCGCAGCCUCCCUUGAGGGCGAUUUCCGGACCCUACCGGCCUGCGCUUGGGAGAAGUUGCAUGCGCGGUUCUGCGAGACAAAGAUCGAGCAGGAGACGUCGGAAUUCAGCACAGCUCCUACCGAUGCCGCCCCUGAGAGUCCUCACACGGAGGAUGCAGAUGCGCCUGGCCCGGAGAUAGACAUGCCUGUGGAUUCAGAAGGCAUGCGCACUGAUGCUUGGCCGGUGGACCCCCGACCUCCCGCUUCACCCGAAGCUUCACCGUCGCCGUCGCCGGAGAGCGACUGGUGGCUUGCUUUCUGCGCCGCCGUGCAGCAGAACCUUUGCUGCGCCCGCGUGCGCUGA